AUGUCCCCUUCGGACGACGUCAAUUACAAUAAUGAUGAUGGUGGUGAUAAUGGUGAUGAAAUCCCUGACGACGAUAUGCUGGUCAACAAGAAGACCAGCUUCAACGGGAAGCUGAAUAAAUACUUUUACCAUGUAACCAAGACGAAGGUGGACACCGUCCAGAGACCCGCAGGGAGAGUAUCAUCGCCAGCCAUGACACAGACGCAGACACAGACACAGAAGGUCCAAGUCAAAGGGACAGCAGAACCAGGCGACGCGACAGGAAUAAUAAUAGGACGGCGCGUCACUCGCUCCCAGUCCUCGCGAUUGUCCACUGCAUCCUCGUCCCCCUCCGAAAACAACACUCCAGCAGCAGCAGCUUCUCUCAGCUUACCUCCUUCUAAGCGAGACUCGUCAUCAUCCUCUUCCUCGCCCAAGAAGAAGAAAAAACGCCUCUUACGAACCGAAGAAAAAGACCCCUCCUUCUCCCCUCCCUCCCGCCUCCGCGACACCAUCCCGCCGAACCUGAUCCUCCUCCUCGUCGGAGUGAACCCAGGCCUGAUGACGGGCGCGACGGGGUUCGCGUACGCGCACCCGUCGAACCUGUUCUGGAAACUGCUGCACUCGUCCGGCAUCACGACGGUGCGGCACCCGCCCAGCGACACGUACCGGCUCCCGGAGCUGUACGGCGUCGGCAACACCAACAUCGUCGAGCGGCCGACGCGCGACGCGAGCAUGCUGAGCAAGGCCGAGAUGGACGCGGGCGUGCCCGUGCUCGAGGCCAAGAUCGCCGCCCAGCGGCCCGAGGCCGUCGGCCUCGUCGGCAAGAGUAUCUGGGAGGCUGUCUGGAGAGUCAAACACGGGCGGCCGAUCCGCAAGUCCGAGUUCCGCUACGGAUGGCAGGAUGAGAGCGAGAAUAUGGGCAGGACGGCCGACUGGCCUGGCGCGCGCGUCUUUGUGGCCACGACGACGAGCGGCUUGGCUGCUACCAUGAGUCUGGCUGAGAAGCAGGCUGUAUGGAACGAGCUAGGGCGGUGGGUGGUCCAACGGAGGGAGGAGAGAAAAGCUGCUGCUGCUGUCGCUGCCAGCGGUGAUUCAGAUGCUUCCGCUGUGACUACUCCUGUCUCUGUGCCUACUUCGGCGUCUCCUUACUUUGCGAGUACCAAAGACGAUUCUACAAAGUCGUGA